AUUUGAUCCGAAGAGAGCGGUGCAGCAGCUGAGAGCUUGUGGAGUGCUGGAGACCAUCCGCAUCAGUGCAGCUGGCUUCCCGUCCAGGUGGUCCUACCAUGACUUUUUCAAUAGGUAUCGUGUUCUUAUGAAAAAGAGAGACCUCUCUAAGAACGACAAGAAGCAGAUCUGUCAGACCUUGUUGGAAGACCUCAUUAAGGAUCCAGACAAGUUCCAGUUUGGACGUACCAAGAUCUUUUUCCGUGCAGGCCAGGUGGCAUAUCUGGAGAAACUGCGAGCGGAUAAGUUCAGAGCUGCCACAAUCAUGAUUCAGAAGACGGUGCGAGGCUGGCUGCAGAAGGUCAAGUACAAAAGGCUGAGACAAGCUGCAAUCGUCAUCCAACGCUACACGCGUGGGCAUCUGGCGCGGAGACUUGCUGAGCACCUGAGGAGGACGAGAGCUGCCAUCAUCUUCCAAAAGCAGUACCGAAUGCUGCGGAUCCUCCAAGCUUUCCAGAGGGUCCGCAAUGCAACCAUCACCAUUCAGGCUUUUGCUCGGGGCAUGUUUGUCAGGAGAAUUUAUCACAAGAUCCUUGCGGAGCACAAAGCCACCAUCCUCCAGAAAUACGCCCGUGGCUGGCUGGCCCGCACUCGCUUCCGCCGGGUCAGGGGUGCUACCAUUGUCCUGCAGUGCUACUACCGACGCAUGAAGGCCAGGCAGGAGCUGAAGGCAUUGAAGAUUGAGGCCCGCUCAGCACAGCACUUGAAGAAGCUCAACAUUGGCAUGGAGAACAAGGUGGUCCAGCUUCAAAGGAAGAUUGAUGAGCAGAACAAGGAAUACAAACUUUUGAACGAGCAGCUCACUAUGCUCACGUCAACCCACUCGUCUGAGGUGGAAAAGCUGAAGAAGGAGCUGGUGCAAUAUCAGCAGAGCCACCGGGGUGACGACAACCAGCUUGUCAGCUUGCAAGAAGAGAUGGAGCACCUCCGGCUGGAGCUUGAGAAAGCUCAUGGUGAGAGGAAGGUGGUGGAAGACAGCUACGUUAAGGAGAAAGACCUACUGAGAAAGCGCAUAUCUGACUUGGAAGAAGAAAAUGCUCUCCUGAAGCAGGAAAAAGAGGAGCUUAACAACAGGAUCCUGUGUCAAUCUGAAGAUGAAUUUGCACAAAACAUGGUUGAGGAAAAUAUCCAGAUGAAGAAAGAGCUGGAAGAAGAGAGAUCUCGUUAUCAGAACCUGGUAAAAGAGUAUUCCAGGCUGGAGCAGAGAUACGACAACUUGCGGGAUGAAAUGACUAUUAUAAAGCAAGCACCAGGGCACAGAAGAAACCCAUCCAACCAGAGCAGUUUGGAGUCCGAUUCCAAUUAUCCAUCCAUAUCAACCUCUGAGAUAGGAGACACCGAGGAUGUAAUACAACAAGUGGAGGAGGUUGGGAUGGAGAAAGCUGCCAUGGACAUGACCCUCUUCCUAAAGCUACAGAAGCGAGUGAGGGAGCUUGAGCAGGAAAGGAAGAAGCUGCAAACCCAGCUGGAGAAAAAGGAGCAAGAGAGCAAGAAAUCCCUUGUAAGAGAUGUGAUCGAAACGAAGACUGAAGUGACUUCAGAACACGAAGAUUUUGCAUACAACAGUCUGAAGAGGCAAGAGCUGGAGUCAGAGAACAAGAAGCUGAAAAAUGAACUUAAUGAGCUGAGGAAAGCUAUCGCAGACCGAGCAACCCAGAACAACUCCUGCAACGAUAUUCAGGACAGUUAUAACCUCUUACUGAAUCAACUGAAAUCGGCCAACGAGGAGUUGGAAGUGCGGAAGGAAGAGGUGCUCAUCCUGAGGACGCAGAUUAUGAAGGCAGCCCAGCAAAAAGAGACAGGGAAAAACAUGGAGAACAUCACCACCAAUGCCAGCUGGCCGAACAGUGACAAGCACAUUGAUCAGGAGGACGCGAUUGAAGCCUACCAGGGGAUGUGCGAGACGAACCGCAAGACUGAGGACUGGGGGUAUCUCAAUGAAGACGGAGAACUCGGCUUGGCUUAUCAAGGUUUAAAGCAAGUUGCCAGGUUGCUGGAAGCACAACUCCAGGAUCAGAGAAGAGAGCACGAGGAGGAGGUAGAAGCUCUGAAAAAUGAGGUGGAUGCAAUGAAAGAAGAGCUGGAGAAACAGCAGCAGGCUUUCCUACAGACCCUACAGCUGUCUCCAGAGGCCCAGGUGGAGUUUGGACUUCAGCAAGAAAUUACACGUCUCACCAAUGAAAAUCUGGAUCUUAAAGAAUUGCUAGAGAAGUUGGAAAAGAAUGAAAAGAAGCUGAAGAAGCAGCUGAAGAUUUACAUGAAGAAAGUCCAAGAUUUUGAAGCAUCCCAAACCAUGGUACCGGCGGAGAGAAGGCAGCACGAGCGUAACAUGCAAGUUGCUGUCCAGAGGAAGGAGAAAGAUUUUCAGGGCAUGUUGGAAUAUUAUAAAGAAGAUGAACCACUCCUCAUCCGAAACCUCAUUACAGAUCUCAAGCCCCAGGCAGUGUCUGCUACUGUUCCCUGCCUCCCUGCCUACAUCCUCUACAUGUGCAUCAGACACGCGGAUUACAUCAACGAUGACCAGAAAGUGCACUCCUUGCUCACCUCCACCAUCAACGGCAUUAAGAAAGUGCUGAAGAAACACAACGAUGAUUUUCAGAUGACGUCGUUUUGGCUGGCGAAUACAUGUCGCCUCCUGCACUGUUUAAAGCAGUACAGCGGAGAUGCGGGUUUCAUGACACAAAACACACCUAAGCAGAACGAGCACUGUCUGAAGAACUUUGACCUGACCGAGUACCGCCAGGUGCUCAGCCACCUCUCCAUCCAGAUCUACCAGCAGCUCAUUAAAAUAGCAGAGGGCAUACUCCAACCCAUGAUCGUGUCUGCGGUGUUGGAAAAUGAGAGUAUCCAGGGGCUUUCCGGUGUCAAACCAAUGGGCUACAGGAAUCGCUCCUCCAGCAUGGCAGAUGGUGACAGCUCCUACAGCUUAGACGCAAUCAUUCGCCAACUGAACACCUUCCACGGCAUCAUGUGUGACCAGGGGCUGGACCCAGAGAUCGUGCAGCAGGUCUUCAAGCAGCUCUUCUACAUGAUCAACGCGGUCGCCUUGAACAACCUCCUCCUGAGGAAGGAUGUCUGCUCGUGGAGCACAGGCAUGCAGCUAAGGUUUAACAUAAGCCAGUUGGAGGAAUGGCUGCGUGGGAAGAAUCUGCAGCAAAGCGGAGCAGCGCAAACUUUGGAGCCCUUGAUUCAGGCAGCACAGCUUCUGCAGCUGAAAAAGAAAACCUCGGAAGAUGCCGAGGCCAUCUGCUCCUUGUGCACGUCGCUCACGACCCAGCAGAUUGUAAAGAUACUUAAUCUCUACACUCCUGUGAAUGAGUUUGAAGAACGUGUGACAGUAGCUUUCAUACGAGACAUACAGACGCACUUGCAAGAGCGAAAUGAUCCUCCGCAGCUGCUGUUAGACUUCAAGCACAUGUUCCCAGUUUUGUUCCCGUUCAACCCCUCCUCCAUAACCAUGGACUCCAUUCAUCUCCCUGCUUCUCUCAACUUGGAAUUUCUCAAUAAAGUCUGA